UACUUGCGAUGCCUUCUAAGUUCUAACUUCUAAGUGUAAUUUUAUUUUACAGUUAUUAGUUAAUUUAAAUAAUAUAAUAUUUUAUAAACUGUUGGCCACAAACUUUUUAUCAACAAAAUACAUUACAAUUUGUUUAGUUUUACCCAAUGCAAAUGAAAUAAUUAGUUGAAGUCCGAAAAUUAAAAGAGGCCUAAAUGUCGCAUAGGUCCACUUUUCAUCUUAAUGAUUUAUUUCCUCGUGAGAUAGAUAUAGAAGUAUGUUUGAAAACUUUAAAAAUUUACCAAAAAUUAGAGGGUGAUGUUAAUUGUGUUGUCUGGGAUGCUUCUUUAGUCCUGGCAAAAUACCUUGAGAUGAUGUGCCAUCACAAACCUGACUUUUUAAGUGGUGUAAGAGUUUUGGAAUUGGGUUCUGGUUUAGGUGUUGUGGGACUUACUGCCGCAACAUUGGGGGCUCAGGUGACACUCACUGAUUUACCAGAAGCAUUACCAUUGUUACGAUUAAAUAUUGCUGAAAAUAAAUCUAAAAUUGUUAGUAUGGGUGGCUAUGCAAUAGCAGAGUCCUUGGUAUGGGGAGACAAUAAUUCUGAAAUAAAGAAACAAGAAUUUGACAUGAUACUGUUGGCAGAUUGUGUUUACUAUGAAGAUGCUAUUGAUCCACUUAUCGAGACAUUACAAUGUUUGAAUAACAUAAUUACAAAGAAACCAACUAUAUACCUAACUCAGGAGCUACGGGACUCCGAUGUUCAAAAAAAAUUGUGGAAAACAUUCUAUGAAAAGAUAUCAGAGUAUUUUUACAUUGAAAGUAUUCCAGAAGAACAACAGCAUAUUAAUUAUAGGUCAGCAGACAUUGUGUUGUUAAAAAUGACAAAAAAAUGAUAUUUGUAUAGUUAUGAUAUGUGGUGAUAGAUACAUUGCUUUAGCCGAAUUAUUUAUAUGUACCUAAUUAUGUUAAAUUUAUGUUUAAGAGUUAUAAACGUUAUAAGAGCCACAUAUUAUAAAAUACACAUACAUUGAAAAUAUUUCCAAUGAAUUUAAUGUAUAUUUUCUAGUUAUAAGUUCAAUAAGUAGUGAUGAAUCCCAAUAAUUAUAACAAUAAUAAGUGAUAGUAUGUUGGGGGUUAUAAUUUUUAAAUAUAAUUCAUUUUGAUGUUUUAAUUAUAAAUGAGAAUUUCAAAUAACCAAAUUAUAUCUCAAUAAACAUCAAUUCUGUGAUAAGUAUUCAAAUAUGUAGUUAAUUUAGCCGAAUUAUGUUAUUAAUCAGAUUAAUUAUUGGUGUAUCAUGUAAUAUUAGUAUAAGUGUAAAAUUUAAGAAUCCGCUUAAUCUUUUUUGUGAAGUAUGUGAUAUAUUUUUAUUAUAAUAUAAUAAUCAU